AUGGCCUAUGUGGAUGGAGGCCGAAUGACCGCAUACACCGUAUUGACAAUUAUUGAGUUCAACAUUGUCACCAUCGUAUCUUGUGUUGGCUCCAUCCGGCGAUGCUGGAAGUUUAUCUUGGAAAAGAUGUCAAAAGUAACACUGUCAGGUGUAAGGGUCGGCCAAGUUUCUCACGGUCAGUGGUACGGAAAAUAA